AUGCGGCUCGUCCUCGCGACGGUCUGCAUCGUCGCGACGGCGGAGGAUCGCGCGUUGCCGCACGUCGUCGCCGGCCACUACGACCGCACCUGGGAGCCCGACGAGACGACGUCGCUCGGCGAGCUGCGGUCCAUCUCGCGCGCCGAGGCCUGGGCCGGCGUCCUCGUCGCGGCGCUCGACGACACGGGCGACGACCCCUGCGCGUCCGGCGCCGCGGGCGACGACGAGGCGCGCAUCGCGCUGCGGUCCGCGCAGCGGCAGCGCGCCGCGCGGUUCAUGCGCAUCGCCGUCGCGCGGCGGUCGACGUGGGACGGCCCGUGGCUGUCGCCGGGCGCCGCGGGCCGCGCGUGCGGCGCCGUGCUCCUGGAGCCGCGCGACGACUGGGCGGCGCUCCAGCGCGACGGCGCGCUCCGGUCCACGCGCGUCCACACCUACGGCGACGGCCGCCACGCGCGGGGCCAGCUCGCGCGGCUCGCCAUGGACAGCGUCCGCGUGGACCGCUUCACGUUCCAGAACGACCUCGACUACACGAUCAAGCUCCACUGGUUCGACAUCGGCAUGGAGGAGGGCGUCGACGCGAACCGGAGCCCCUACGGCGAGGUCGCGGAGGUCCGCCCGGGCGCCGACGCGACGAUCGGGACCUCCGUGGGCCACGUCUUCGCGGUCUCCGACGCCGACGGCCACUUCAUCUCCAAGGUGACGGUGCGGGGCCACGGCGACGGCGUCGUCUUGGAUGCGGCGCACCUCGCGACGGAGGCGACGGCCUGCUCCGCGGCCGACGCGCCGCACGACCCGCACGCCGCGCGGAUGCAGGCCCUGGAGCUCGAGCGCCUCGAGGCGCUCGGCGGCGCCGCGGGCCUCGACGCGCGCGUGCGCUUCGCCGUGCUCGAGCACGUCUACGAUCUGGCCAUGGAGAAGCGGAAGGCGCUGUCGGACGUGCAGAUCGCCGUGACGCCGAACGUGACGGCCGACGGCUUCAAGCUGAUCAAGACGCCGCCGCACGUCUACGACAAGGUCAUCCAGUUCUACAACGCGUCCCACGACCGCAUCCGGCGGCCCGAGGCCGACGGCGGGCCCCUCUACAACCAGCGCCGCAUCCAGACGUGGCACACGCCGCUCGAGGGCCGGCUCAAGGCCUACGUCUUCGACGAGCUCAAGCGCCUCAUGGAGGACUGGGCGCCGACGACGGUGCCCCUCAAGGGCACGUCGGCCUACGGCGUGCGCACCUACGAGCGCGGCGCGUACCUCCACCUCCACGUCGACACCGCGAACACGCACGUCGUGAGCGGCAUCAUGAACGUCGCGCAGGCCGGCGUCGACGAGCCCUGGCCUCUGGAGAUCCUCGACCACGCGGGCAAGCUCCACGCCGUCAACAUGGAGCCCGGCGACUUCCUCCUCUACGAGUCCGCGCGGCUCCUCCACGGCCGGCCGCGGCCCUUCCGCGGCGACUCCUACGCGAACAUCUUCGUCCACUACAUGCCCGAGCACGACUGGAGCGUCGACUUCUAG